UAAGUGUCACUAAACUGAUUUAUGUUAUGAAAAAAUGUAUGUUUAUUUCUAACUGUUAGGUUUAUGUAUUUUAAGUUGUUUGGUUUACGUUUUGAAAUUCAUGUAAAAUGAUUAUAUUUUAUUUCGUGUCAAACUAUUUUUUGUUGGAAGUUAUCGCGAGAUUUGUGUACAUGUGAUUGUGCUGCGAGACUUGGAUGAACAGAGAAUGAGCGGAAGCUUGGAGAACAGAGAACGAAGUGAUAUUCUUCUAAAGACCAACCUCCGAAGUGGCAGGCGGCCACGAGAUCUCAAACUUAGAAGGGAAGCUGGCAAGGCAGAGAAGAGGAAUAUGCGGUGAUUCACAGGCGUCAAGUAUAYRAAAGACUCAGAAGGCCAUAGACACUUUGAACUGCAAGCUGUAUAGGACAUCCGUACUCCUCAAUGAGCUGUUGACCAAACUCACCCUCCUGGAUGAUCAGUUGGAUACCCUUAAAAAGGAAAAACCUACCUUUCGACAGAGCCUAAAGCUAAAGAAGUUUAGUGAACACAACACAACACCUCUCUCACUCGUUUUGUCCUUUCACCUUGAGCAGUGGCUGUCAAAUUAAACUGUGCUGCAGGAGCUGAAGGAAGUUGAGGAGGAAAUCAAACACAAACAAAAACAACACUGUGAUGAUUGCGCUGCCAGGUCAGAAUUCAGAUUGUGACUCAAUGUAGAGCUAAUCAGAGAGACGUGAAACUCAGAUAUGUUACCUGUAC